AAAUUUUUAUUGUGAAUGGCAGAGAAGCAUAUUGGCGGUUGAGCAAACACAGCUGAUGAACGGAUUACUAGUAAUUUAUCAUCAAAAUUAAAAUGAUUUUAAUUAAACGUUUUUGUAGUGGAUUUCAACGCAUUAAAACAAUUACAAACACUGCUAAAUCUGGAGACCGUCUUGAUGUGCAAGGAUGGAUCAAAAAUAUAAGACGCCUGAAGAAAAAUAUAUUUUUCGACUUAAAUGAUGGUUCCACUGCACAUCGUUUUCAAGUGGUUAUACCGAAAACAACGGACACAAAAGACAUAAGUGUUGGAAGUAAUAUCAGAGCAUCUGGGUGCAUACAAGUAGCGCCCAAUGGUCAACUAGAAUUACACGCCGAAAAUGUAAAAGUAAUAGCUGACGGCCAUAUAACAGAUUAUCCUUUUACGCCAAAGCAGCAGCAUCCCCCUGAAUAUGUUCGUGAAUUUUUGCACCUUCGUGCACGUGUAGAUUACAUAGCUGCGCAAAUGAGAUUGAGGCAUCGUGCAUUGAAGGCGAUACAUGACUAUAUGGACGAAUUGGACUUUGUACAGAUUACUACUUCUGUUCUUACAACAAAUGACUGUGAGGGUGCUGGUGAAAUUUUCAGGGUGCAGCCAGAUUCUGAUGUACUGCUCAAGGAAAUGGCCCGACCCAACAUUCCCAUUGAGCAGAGUUACUUCGACAAAAAAGUGUUUUUGUCCGUUUCGGGUCAAUUGCAUUUGGAAGCCAUGUCCUAUGGAUUGGGUAAUACAUAUACAUUAACCCCAGCGUUUCGCGCUGAAAAUUCUAAAUCACCACUGCAUUUAUCGGAAUUUUAUAUGUUUGAGGCUGAAUUAGCCUUUAUAGAGGACAUUUCUUCCUUGACCGUAUUCAUUGAGAAAAUGUUAAAAAACGUUACAUUACGAAUUUUAGAAUUAGCAACAGAUGAUUUAGAAUUUUGUCAAGAAAAGGCGUUAGGUUCUGCUUUUGAACUACCUUGGCUGAAAGUCGCGUGGACCACUCUUAGCUACGAUGAGGCUUUGAAGAUUUUAUUAGCAAAUAAACAAAAAUUUAAAACAGCACUUAAACCAGAUGAAGGAUUUUCUAAGGAACAAGAGUUAUACCUCGCUAACCAUUGUGGAACUCCAGUGUUCGUUGUUGAUUGGCCUACCAAUCAAAAGCCCUUCUAUAUGAAAGUGGUUCAAACAAAAUCUGACCGAGUUCAUGCUUUAGAUUUGUUAAUGCCUGAAGUUGGAGAAUUAUGUGGAGGAAGUUUACGCGAAAACGACGAGAACCGUUUGAGGGCACAUCCAAAUCUACCGCAAGACUUGGAAUGGUAUUUGGAAUUGAGAAAGUUCGGCGGUGUUCCUACAGGUGGCUUCGGUUUAGGCUUUGAGCGCUACCUUCAGUUACUUACGGGAGUAAAGAACAUACGCGAUGUUAUACCAUUUCCACGAUACCCACAUAGCUGCCAAAUGUGAAUAUAUAUUUACUGCUAUAGUGUACUUUUAAUACGAUGUCAUAUAUUAAAUGAAGAUGAAAAGUGGACAAUGAAUAUUGCUUGAAAAUAUCAAAAAAAAUACAAAAAAAUUUUCUUUAAUGUUAAAAUAACACUGAACUUGGUGCCUCACAUUUUAGACCUGAUUGUGGUAUAUUUUGUGAGCUGAUACGAAAAUAGUUUUCCUAGUUUAUAAGAAAAAGUAAAAAUACACAUAUUUUAAAAGAUAUUAAUUUAUUUGGAAAUUAUAUAUCAAGAAACGCAUAAGUCCCCAGAAAUAAUCAGCAAUCCUUAGAUCUUCACAUUUACCUUGGUACGUGUUUCAUUGUUUUUGUAUCUUGGUGGAACGUUUACCUUGAAAUAUGAAUUGUAGGUAAACCAUCAUCUGAGAUCUAGUAGUAGCAAUAAAGUUUAUACUACCUACCUUAUCGACUACAGUUUACCAAAAUUUUAUUUUUUUUUUGACAUAAUUAUUAAUAUAUACGAAUUCUUAAUAUUCAGUUGUUUUGUGAUUUAUCAAUUAUUGAUCUUACAAUAAAUAAAUAAAUAAAUAAAUAUAGUUUAAGCUUUAA